AGGUCGACUCGAGAAGGUGGGAAGAACCCUAGACCUAGACAGCUCCGUUCUUCUCCUUCACACGCCAAUCUCCUCCCGUCUCCGGUUUCGUUUGCAGGCUGAAACUCUUGCUACGUUCUUCGCUGCUCGUCACAGGCUCACAGAAUAUGGGAGAGACAAAAGACAAUGAUGCUUACGAGGAAGAGCUUCUUGACUACGAAGAAGAGGAAGAGAAAGCUCCUGACUCCGCUGCUAAGGUCAAUGGCGAGGGUGCCAAAAAGGGCUAUGUUGGGAUCCACAGUUCCGGAUUCAGAGACUUCCUUUUAAAGCCAGAGCUGCUUCGUGCUAUUGUGGACUCGGGUUUUGAGCACCCUUCUGAAGGUAAUACGUUAAAUCACUUUUACCGGAGAAACAAUUUGGUUUGGUAAACCUUUCACUUGAAAGGAUCGAGGAGUUGUAUUUUACUUACCAGACGGUCCCCCCGGUCCAUUUUCUUUGAUUAACCAGUGCAACAUGAAUGCAUCCCACAAGCUAUACUUGGAAUGGAUGUCAUUUGUCAAGCGAAGUCAGGGAUGGGUAAAACCGCUGUUUUCGUACUCUCCUCUCUGCAGCAAAUUGAGCCUGUCGCAGGGCAAGUUGCGGCGCUUGUGCUGUGCCAUACAAGGGAGCUAGCUUAUCAGAUCUGCCACGAGUUUGAGAGAUUCAGCACAUACUUGCCUGACAUCAAGGUUGCGGUCUUCUAUGGUGGUGUUAAUAUCAAAAUUCACAAGGACUUGUUGAAAAAUGAAUGCCCUCAUAUUGUUGUUGGAACCCCUGGAAGAAUUCUUGCUCUGGCAAGGGACAAGGACCUUUCCCUAAAGAAUGUGAGGCAUUUCAUCCUUGAUGAGUGCGACAAAAUGCUAGAAUCUCUUGAUAUGAGGAGAGAUGUGCAGGAGAUAUUCAAAAUGACUCCACAUGACAAGCAGGUCAUGAUGUUUUCUGCAACACUCAGCAAAGAGAUCCGCCCUGUUUGCAAAAAGUUUAUGCAGGAUCCCAUGGAAAUAUAUGUGGAUGAGGCUAAGUUGACUCUGCAUGGUCUUGUACAGCAUUAUAUCAAAUUGAGUGAGGGGGAGAAAAAUCGCAAGCUAAAUGACCUUCUAGAUGCUUUGGAUUUCAAUCAAGUCGUCAUUUUUGUAAAGAGUGUGAGCAGAGCAGCUGAGCUGAACAAGUUACUGGUGGAUUGCAACUUCCCCUCUAUAUGCAUACAUUCUGGGAUGUCCCAAGAAGAAAGGCUUACGCGUUACAAGGGUUUCAAGGAAGGGCACAAGAGGAUUCUUGUAGCAACAGAUCUGGUUGGUCGGGGCAUCGACAUUGAGCGUGUUAACAUAGUGAUCAACUAUGACAUGCCUGAUUCUGCCGAUACCUAUCUUCACAGGGUUGGUAGAGCUGGAAGGUUUGGCACUAAGGGGCUUGCGAUUACCUUUGUGUCAUCUGCUUCCGAUUCUGACAUCCUCAAUCAGGUCCAAGCAAGGUUCGAAGUGGAUAUUAAAGAGCUACCUGAGCAGAUCGAUACUUCCACUUACAUCGCUUUUACCUGGAAAAUCACCUUCCUAGUGGAGAGGAUGGACAUGCUUUGAGUAAGAAUUUUAGCCAAAAACCUCAACGUCCAGUGGUGCAUUCAUUCAUAUCAAAUAUGCUGGUCUUCUGCUAUUCAAUUUUUAAGAUUUCGCGGAAUGCUAGAAGAUGGCUUUUUGACUAUAGGCAUGUAGAUGUGUUAGGGGUGGUUGAGUAUUUAAACGCAGGAAAAAGGAUUGACUUCUUGGUUGUCAAGGUCGCAUAUCUGAUUAAUCUUUAUUGGACUACAAUGGUACGUUUACCCCGUGAAAUUGUUGCUACUGUUCCUAAACGUCUGAAACCAUUGGUAUCUGUUGGGUGCAAAAUUCAACGGCAAACCGCAGUUCUGGGGCUUUCCUCAAAGACUGCAUUUUUUUUCUUCUUUUUAACUCUAAUUUUGCAGAUUAGUUGCUCACAUGUUCUUUGAUGCCCAU